UCCCAGCCGUUGAUGUGCGCCCCAAACUAAUCCGAGCGGUCCACUGGAAAACUCUUCUGCCACCGCCGCUACUCUUGCAAAACCCUCGGCCCGGGCCGCCGCCCCUCCGCCUCACGCCAUGGCUCGGCCGGCGCUGCCGCCGUCUUCCUCGCUUCGCGCCGCCGUGAAGAGAGAAAUCGACGCCGUAGAGGCUACCGCUCACACUCCGGCGCCACCGCCCCGCAAGAAGCGCCGUCGAGGAGGCCGCCUCCCGGUGACCCCGACACAGCUCCCCCUGAGCCCAACCCUCCUCACGCCCCAGAUCAUCCCGUCGGCUGCAUCAGGGAACGCGUCCGUCGCCGGCCUAACGCCGACGCCCGCGAGAUCCGCCGUCAAGCGCGAGCCCGGCGCUGACACCGAUGUGGGGGCCCGCGGGAGGGCGCCCGGGAAGCCGAAGCAGGCGAGGGACCUCCGCCAUGGCCGUCGGCCCGCGGCGACGGAGCCCCCAACCCUCUGGCUCAACCGCCGCCGCCUCGGUCGGAUCCUCCACGAGCUCGCGGGCGCGCACCGGUGGCGCGAAGCUGCCGGCGUCGUCUCCACACACCUCCGCGGCAUCCAGAGGCCCGGCUCCUUCCAGGAGACCCGCAGCUUGUUCGUGGUCGCCAUGGAGAUCCAUAAGCAGCUUGCUGAAGACAGCGGUGUGCAGCAGAGCAGCAGAAGGUCCUACUACCUCAGGACCAAGAAGUUGUUUGAUGUUUGGUUGCGAAAGCUGAUUUGGUUUCCCUCAUGCCCAAAAAAGCACUUGGUUAUACUCGAACUGGCUUUAUUUUACCUUUCACAAGGCAACAUCGACAAUGCAUACAAUACAACAAGAAUCCUUAUCGCUAAGGACAGACUGCAGACAGAACCAAUCCUAAAUCUGAUUCAUGGUUUGAUAUCAUUUGAUAAAUGGUAUUCUGGCUUGCCUAAAGAUAUGCAAGUUGAGGAGUUUGAUGUUUAUAGUGAAGCAUGUGCUAUUUCUAUUAAGUCAGAUGGCUGUGAAGAAACUGGUCUUGUGGAUGAUUCAGAUGACAAUAGCAUUGAUGAUGAUGCCAGUUUGUCUGCUUACUCUUCAGAAAGUUCAAUCAACAAUGAGGAUAUAGACAGAAAAAUAAAUGAGAAACCUUUUCUUGUUUAUCCUAAGGAGGAAAAUGAUCCACUUGGAUCAGAAGUUAAUGAAGAUUUCCGAAGCAUAUUUUUGAAUACCUCUGAUGGUCCUACCUGUGGGUUGGAGAAGAGCCUGUUACCUUUACGGUUAAAGAUUCCUACUGGGGCUUCAAAUGAUUGUUUUGAUAGAUAUUGGCAGUACAAGUCAGCACCUAAUACUUCCUAUGAAGAUGCAGAAAAAUGCCUAAGGUUGGCUCUUCAUUCAAAUCCACCAGUGAUGGCAGCCUUGUUGCCACUAAUACAGAUUCUCCUGCUUGGUGAUAAACUGAAAGAUGCACUUGACGAGCUUGAGAGAACCUGCCUCAGUUCAACUACAGCCCUCCCUUUCAGGUUGAGAGGUAGACUGCUAGAAGAGUAUUUCGACCAAAACCAAGUAUCAACCAUUUCCUCUUGCUAUGAGGAAGCUUUGAGAAGAGAUCCUACAUGUAGCUACUCAAUGGAGAGGCUAAUCAAAAUGCAUAGAAAAGGAUACUAUAAUACAAUCCAGCUACUCGAGGCAAUAGCUCUACAUUUAGAUUCCGUCAAUGGGAAACCUUGCAUCUGGGAGGAGCUUGUAUUGUGCUUCCUUCGGCUUUUCUCUGACAAAACUGCUGACUAUGAGGAUUGCAUAGCUUGUACUAAUACCCAAGGAGAUCAAGCAUUGGACGUUUUCAGUAAAUUUUCUUCAUUCUUUUUUGAGCGAUUUACAAGAGAAUCAUGGAAGGCCCGAUGCAGAUGGUGGAUGCACCAUCAUUUCAGUCAAAACGCCUAUGCAUCAGAAACCCUGACAGGUGAUUGCAAGCUCCUGGCUGCCAAGGCAGCUUGUGCUGCUCAUCUGUUUGGGCCAGAAUUCCCAUACGUCAAAGCAGCUGGGAGCUAUAUUGCCAAGCAAGAAUCUCUAGAUGAAGUCAGUCUCUUAGUCAGAAAGAACUCUGUCAGGCUAUUACAAACGUUGGAGAAACUAACAUCUUGAUUCGUUUUGGUUCAGUAUUUCACCAUUGCAUGGCAUUGUUGUUACCAUAUUGACAGGAUUUUGUAGAAAUCCUCAAAACGAGGUAAAUUUUUGUAGGAACAAUAGCAGUCACCAAUAGUGUUUAGGCAUAAUUUUUGGCGCUGGUGACGCCAUGUGUUGAGUGUAGCAGCGAAAAUGUACCAAUUGUUAUGUUAGUACAAAUGGAAACCAUCUCGAGCUUGUGUUCGGCUUGGUUUUGGGGAUGUAAAUGGAAAAGUUUGUAAGUUCUCCUUGGAAGCAUUUGAAAGUAAGAUAAUUGACCUUGCAAGAAAA